AUGAGUUCAGAUGAUCAAAAACUCGUCAUAAGUAAAGAUGUACCGUUAGACGAAAACCUGUGCGAAAUUCAAACGUCAUCACAAGAUGAUGAUAUAAGCAAAUCACCCUAUUUGCCUGUUCUAACUGACCAAAAUGAAAAUCUAGAAAAUUAUCCAACAUCAAUAGGUACUGAACAGUUUGCUAUACAAAAAUAUCCCUGUGAAUGUUGUGAAUGCUGUCGAAAUCAUCAUCUUUCUAUUACAUAUUGUUCACCAUCCUUGUUACCAGAUGACUCUGAUGCAGUGCUGAAAGAAGAAAAUAUCCUCCCGGGUACUUUGAAUUUAAGAAUAGUCCAGUCAAUUGAUAAUACUGAACAUGUACUAGCAGAGAAUAAAAUUUCCUUGAAUACAUUAUUUCAACCAGAUGUUGAAACACUGGAUGAAUUAAAUCCUGUGAAUGCGGUGUAUAAUGCAACUGAGCGAAAUGCCCUUUCAAAACAUGAGCCUCCACUGAAUCAGACAACUGCUACAAGCUCUAAAACUAUCCAACAUUGUGAACUGCCAUCUGUUAAACUCACUAUUACAGCUUCUACAUCAAGUCCACAAAAGUGUAAAUUCAAUGAAAGAAAUAAUUAUUGUAUGUGUGGUUGUUCUCUUGUUAACAAGAAUACAAAUAUGCAGCGUGAACAAACAAUCGGAAAUUCGUCUGCAGAAUGUCGAACAGAUAAGGAGUUUUCUAGACAGUACAGUACUGAGUCUAAAGUUCAAUUAUCACAGUCACAACCACCAUUGCCACUGCCAUUGUCAUUGCCAUUGCCGAGAGAAUCGCAGAGAACACCAACACCACCGCCAAGAUCAGAAACACCGACACUGACACCGACACCGCCACCAUCACCACCAUUGUCAAUAUCAAAACAAUCCGAACUAUCGAAAUCAGUACAGACUAUGACGUCGACAACAGCUUUUAAAACUCCAGCAUUACUAAUACUGCCUGAAACAGAUAUACAAAAGUCGGGAGAAUAA